UCAUAAAACCUCUGUGGAAUAUGAAAUUCCAGUAAUUUACAGUUCUUUCCCGUCAAAAACUCAAUCAGUUCUUACCACAGAGGAGCCUAAAACACAUGCUGGAACUAGUUUAGUUGCUGGCAGAUUAAGACCAAUACUGACAGCAUCCUCAUCUCAUAUUGAAACAUCAAAGGCCUCAUCCCAGCCAUCAAUUGAUCUCACAACACGAUCAUUCACAGAUACUUUCUCUUUUUCUUACACCAAUAAAAUGGUAAUACCUUCAGUGUAUGAGUUAGAAAAUGAUGAUUCUGCUGACGUGGAAAGUCCAGAAGACGACGCAUCUGGGGACAUAGAUGAAACUCCCAUGGAAAUGCAAACAGUGACUCAGCAAUCCUCUCUUAAAUUCCCUUUCCCUGUAAAAAGUACAACCUCAUCAGAUACAAAGUCUAUUGAAUUUACCACAGCAUCUCAGAGGGAUUUUUACAUUGCAACAGAUGAGGCGGAAACAGUUGAGACAGAGGAAGAAUCAUCAAGAUUUGGAUCAGAUUCAAAUCCUUUCAUGAAACCCAAAACAAAAUAUUCUCUCAACAUCGAUGCAGAUGCUACUGCUACUGCUACUGAUACUGAUGAUGCUGCUAAUGCCACAUUUACCCUCUCCCCCUUAAAAUUAUAUUUGGAAUUGGGGACAUCUCCCACUACUGUGACUGAGAAGCCAGCUGAAUUUUCUUUGAGCAGUACUGUUAGCUCAGUUUCAUCAAUGUCCGUGCAUAAGGAAAUGCAUAGUCCAGACCGUGGUUCAGAAACUCCUGACAGUACAUCAACAGGCACAAUGACACAUGAGGUGGGCUUAAAAGAAGAACCCGAUAGCUCAGGAUCGUUCAGUGCUCUUUUUUUAACUAACUCACAAGUAACUGCAGAACCAGUUUCAGCCACCCAUUCUUCCUUUAUGUUAGGAUCUUUAAACUAUCCCCCACUCACUUCAACAUUAUCCCCCUUUGAAGGUGUUUCUACGUUGAGUAAAAAAAUUGGCUUUUUGUCAUUGUCAGCGACUAAAACAACCACAGAGUCCGUACAUUCAAACUCUAAGGAAUUACUGAGUGUACACACAGCCCAAAAUACUGUUUCUGCUGAAACUAAACAAAACAAAUCACUUACUACAUCAUAUAUAUCAGAAACACCUACAAUUCAUGGCAUGAUUGGUAAAAUCCCAUGGCCAUCUAGUGGAAAACUAUUGGAUGAUAAUAAAUCUUCAGCAACUGAAGCUUCAGGUAAACAUGUAUCCUUUGGCCCUACUCCCAAAGACAUUUCAGCUUCAGCUUUACCUGACUAUAUAAUACAAUUCCACACAACUGUUUCCCCUGUAACAACUUCUCAAAAGUCAUAUGAACAAGUGAGAUCAGAGAUAACCAAGAUACAUGGCCCCAAACCAGAUCCUUCCACUGAAGAUUCACAAUCAACAAUUCACCCUAUGUCUGUAAGUCAUGAAAAAAGUGAGGGUGCAGAAUCAAACACUUUUCAUUCUGGUGAUUAUUCUCUGACCAAGGCAGGUUCUGAUUUGGAAAGUAAUGUGACAGUCCUGCCAAAUCUAUCUCCUGAUGCAAAUGUUGGAAUACCACGAUCUCCACAUGGUAGUUUUUACAUUGGCAAUGAUUAUCCAACCCCAGACUAUGAUGCAGAAAACCCUAACUUUGUUGAAUCUGCUCCUCAACACAAUGAAACCCCCAAACUGAACAAUAGUGCUGUGGUUAUUUCCACGCUAUUAGUUUCCAAAGCAUCUACAAAUGAGCCUUUGGAGCCACUAAUGGGCAUUACUGGAGGAGAGAAAACUAUACCACCUGUGAUCUCAGAAGCUCAAAAAGCUCCGACAAUGAGUCCCGUCAAUGUUGUUUCAGUUUCCAGCUCUGAAAAUAGUUCUCAAAGCGUCAACAGCUCAAAGAUCAGCAUGGCAGCAGGUACAGAUAACGUUGAUGGGGAUGAAGCUGAGAACAUCACCACUAAGCUGCUGUUAACCAAAAAUGAUUUGCUGUCUAACUUGAGCACAAUUAAACAAAACGAGACAGCCAGCCAUCAAACUAUGUCAUCCAGUUCUGAUGGUGUAUCAGUAGACCAGAAGAUUACAAAGGGACUAGAGAUUCCCAACAUUAAAAAUAAACCAUUGUUUCCAGAAGAAAUAAAGGUAAAUACAACAUCAACGUCAAAGAUGGAGACUGUUGAUCUUGAAAGCAACUUAGGAAGAACAGUCACUGACAUCAGUAAAGGUGAUACUCAAACUAUCAUGAGUAACCAUGGAAAACUCCCAAUAACAUCUACGACACAAGCACAGAACCAGCUAGAGUUGGUUAGAACUUUAGCUACCCAACAGCCAUCCUUUUCUGAGAAAGAAGAAGAACAGCAAAGUGAAAUAUCAACAUCUUUAUCCCUUAAUGGAAGAGACACAUCAGUAGAAGGACAAGAAACAACCACCUCUGCCCCAAUAAGACUGGACCAGGGCCACACAGUGGUUGGCGAGCCUGUGGACAUUCCUGGAAUUUAUUCUUGUGAAAACAACCCUUGUCUAAAUGGAGGGUCUUGCUUCAAGAGAGGCAGCAUCUAUUCAUGUAACUGUUCUCCUGGUUACACUGGUCAGCAGUGUGAAACAGACAUUGAUGAGUGUCAAUCGAACCCAUGCCAUAAUGGAGGCACAUGUGUCGAUAGUUUGAAUUCCUUCACAUGUGUGUGUCUCCCAAGCUACUCUGGGCUUUACUGUGAGGAAGACACUGAAACUUGCGAGUUUGGUUGGCACAAGUUCCAGGGCCAUUGUUACAAGUUCUUCCCCCAGAGGAAAGGCUGGGACGCCGCAGAGCGAGAGUGCCGCAUACAGGGAGCUCAUCUCACCAGCAUUCUUUCCCAUGAGGAGCAACGAUAUGUCAACCGUCUUGGACAAGACUACCAGUGGGUUGGUCUGAAUGAUAAGAUGUUUGACAACGACUUCCGCUGGACUGAUGGCAGCCCUGUGCAAUAUGAAAACUGGAGACCCAACCAGCCUGAUAGCUUCUUUUCAUCUGGAGAAGACUGUGUAGUGAUGAUUUGGCAUGAGGACGGCCAGUGGAACGACGUCCCUUGCAACUACCACCUAACGUUCACAUGCAAAAAAGGCACAGUGGCCUGUAGCCAGCCCCCUGUGGUUGAAAACGCGCGCACCUUUGGUAGAAAACGAGAGCGGUAUGAAAUCGACUCGCUGGUGAGGUACCAGUGUCGAAGAGGCUUCAUUCAGAGGCAUCUUCCAACCAUCCGCUGCCGUGGCGAUGGACGAUGGGAUACGCCUAAAAUCAGCUGUAUAAACCCAUCGAGCUAUCAAAGGUCCUUCAUGAGGAGACACCAACCCCAUACUCUCUACAGUGUCAAUAAUUUCAGAAAAUGGCAGGAUGAGACCCUGCGGCACCAUUAUCAGCGCUACAGGGGAAGGAGAGACAGAACUGUACAUAAGAGAAGAAAGCAAUGAUUUUGAAGUGAGAUUCAGAAUGCUCGCUCAAUGGUUGUAAGAAAUGAGGACCAGAAAAAAAAGCACAUUUAACAAAGCGCUAAAAGAAGCUCAUCUAGAAAACCAAGAGGAUAACCUGCAAGUUUAUUGCACUGUGGGUGAUGACAGAAUCUUAUGAAGUGCCUUUGAAAUGUUUUUACUUUACGUUUCGUUUCAAGAGAGACUACUACACUCACAGUGAGACAAACUCUUUCAGCUGGCUUCUGGAAACGCAAUGAGUUCUCUUGUUUUAUUUUGUUCUAAGCAGAAGAUUUUUUAUAUUCUUUAUUGGUUGAUGAUAAUUUGAAACAUUCAUCAUUGCUGUCGGAUGCAUCUUUACACCAACUGUGCUAUUUAAAGUCAAUGCAAGUGUUCCAUAUAUACAGAAAGAAUUUUAAAUGAUAAAGCUCAUGUCACAAUUAAAUAAUUUCUUUUCUUUUCCAAUUUAAUGCUGGAAUACAUAGACACAUUUAGAUAUAUAAAUAUAAGUCCUUAUAUUUUAUUGAAAUCCAUUACAUGUGAUCAGUUCUGAUCAGUUCUAACUCUUGCAAAAAGGGCUGAUGAUGAAUACAAUGCAUUAGAGACCGAAAAGGCUUGGAAAGUAUUUGAACACUUUCUCACUGACAAUGACAGCAAAUAGCGCAGUUCUCAGCAGGGAAAACAUUUGUCAAGACAUAUGUAUCUCCUGUGCUUUCAAAUGUUAUUGAGCUCCCUUUUGUAUGAUCCAUUUUUGAAAGAUUCCUCACUAAGUACUUAUUGAUGAAACAUUAAAACACAGAUAGAGACUGAUGUCUUGUUCCAAAAUAUAAAACAAACAAACAAA